CGCAGCCGCAGCCGCCGCCCGCCCGCCGCCGGCCCUGGUCCCGCGGAGAGCGCGCAGCGCCGAGGUGGGAGCACCGGGAGCAGCAGCGCCUAGAUAAUGCCCAGGAGCGAGCUGUCCUGAGCCGCUGUGGUCCAGCUACCUGCCUGUUCACGCACACCCCACGAAGCCUGCCAGCACCAUCCGCCAUGGAGUCCAGAGGGAAGUCCACCAGUAGCCCCAAGCCCGACACCAAGGCUCCCCAGGCUGCUGCUGAGGCCAGAGCCCCGCCAGCUGUGGAUGGCAAAGCUCCCUCGGCUAAACCUGGGAAGAAGGAGGCUCAGGCAGAGAAGCAGGAGCCUCCAGCGGCCCCCACACCACCGACUGCCAAGAAGACCCCUGCCAAGGCAGACCCUACGCUUCUCAAUAACCACAGCAACCUGAAGCCGGCCCCUGCAGCCCCCAGCAGCCCAGAUGCAACCCCCGAGCCCAAGGGCCCCGGGGACGGCGCUGAGGAGGACGAAGCCCCCAGCGGGGGCUCAGGGGGCCGAGGCCCUUGCCCCUUUGAGAACUUGACCCCGUUCCUGGUGGCUGGGGGUGUGGCUGUGGCAGCCGCAGCCCUAAUUCUUGGUGUGGCCUUCCUGGCCCGGAAAAAAUGAUGGCUGGUGCCCAGGUGGGGGCCCAGCCACUUCCUGUACAGACCUCAGGAAUGUAGUGCAUGCCGAGCUCACACACAGCUAUGUAUACAUACGUACAUACAUGAUAUACAUAUAUAUAUGCGUUUACCCCCACAUACA